AUGGUUUCAGAAUUUCGAAGAAGGAAGUAUCUUGAGGUAUUCAAAACGUUUGAUAGCGAUGCAAGUGGGACGAUUGAAAAGAAAGACGUUGAGAAGUCAGCAGAGAUGCUGGCGAAGCAGUGUAAGGUUGAUGAAGCCAAACAAAAAGAGUACCUCAACACAAUGUUGAAGAUCUGGGAUGGGUUGCAAAGCCAAGCUGACUUGAACAAAGACGGACACGUAACCGUCGACGAAUGGGUUGCAUUGUGGGACUCUUAUGCUAAAAACCCAUCAAGUGCCCAUGAUUGGCAAAACUUGUAUUGCAAAUUCACUUUCCAACUUCUAGAUACUGGAAAUGACGGCUUGAUUAAUAGAGAAGAAUUCGUUAAAGUACACGAAGCCUUGGGAGUCAAUAAAAAUGAAGCUGAAGAUUCUUUCCAAAAAUUGUCUAAAGGCAAGGCCAGCAUUUCUUUGGCAGAUUUCCAGGAGCUGUGGAAGGAGUACUUCACAAGUGAAGAUGCCAUUGCACCAGGCAACUUCAUUUUUGGAUUUCAAUUAAAAUGA